GACAAGCGAUACUUUUCAGCGUGACCGUUUGUGAUGCCGAUUCCAUCUCUAACACCAACAAGAAAAAUAUGUAUAUUUAUAAUUAUAUGUAAAAAGGCAAAAGUCGCGUCGCACAAAGAUCGUCUUCUUUGUCUCGCUUGAAAAGUUGAGCGAGCGGAGUGAAACUGGAAUAUUUGUAGAGCGGCCCAGUAAACGCAACAAACAUGUCAACCACUCCCAAUUCGAACAGUAGUAGUAGCAAUAGCAACAAGCAGACCCUGCCCCAGAAGCAGGACACGUACAGCAGCGAUAGCAGCGAGGAGGGCAUCGAGACGGCCGAGGAACGGAGAAGGCGCAUCCUGAAGGAGCGUAGUCGUUUGAACCGACCUCAGCACAACAUGUCCGGCGGGGGAGCUGUGCCCAAGCACGACGGCAAGUCUCCGGGCGCCGCAUCACCCAGCUGCCAGGCAACGGGCUCCGGAGUGGGUCGCCCUUAUGCACAGCCACCUGAAAGGAUCUCCAUGCUCGUGGACGGCGUUCGGUUCUCGAUGGAGCAGUCCGUGCUUGCAGCCCAUCCCACCACGAUGCUGGGAACCAUGUUCGGCAGCGGCUUCCAGUUCGCGCAUGCCAACGAGCGUGGGGAGUACGACGUGGCCGACGGCAUCUCUCACUUGGUGUUCCGGGCCAUCCUGGAGUACUAUAAGACCGGCGUGAUCCGCUGCCCUCCCACUGUUUCGGUACCGGAACUAAAGGAAGCAUGUGAUUAUCUGCUCAUUCCCUUUGACGCCACCACCGUGCGCUGCCAGAACCUAAGAGGCCUUCUUCACGAAUUAAGCAACGAAGGAGCGCGACAGCAGUUCGAACUCUUUUUGGAGGACCUGAUUCUGCCGCUCAUGGUGGCUUCGGCGCAGCGAGGAGAUCGCGAGUGUCACGUUGUGGUGCUCCUUGAAGACGACAUGGUUGAGUGGGAUGAGGAGUUCCCGCCACAGAUGGGCGAGGAGUAUUGCCAGACUGUCCACAGCACUGCCAUGCACCGAUUUUUCAAAUACAUCGAAAACCGCGAUGUGGCCAAGCAGGUGAUGAAGGAUCGCGGGCUGAAGAAGAUCCGCUGCGGCAUAGAGGGGUACCCAACCCACAAGGAGAAGAUCCGAAGGCGUCCGGGCGGCCGGGCCGAGGUGAUUUACAGCUAUGUCCAGCGCCCGUUCAUUCACAUGUCCUGGGAGAAAGAGGAGGCGAAGAGUCGCCACGUAGAUUUCCAGUGUGUGAAAUCCAAGUCCGUAACGAAUCUCGCAGAAGCGAACGCCGAUCCGCCACUGGAAUUGGACGCAAGUGGAAAUCCUAUUCCUCCUAUCGCAGUGGUUAAUCCGCAUCCCAACAAUGCAGAGCUAGCCGUCGGCGUGGCCGUCGCCCCCGCAGCGAUGGGCAUUGCUGGUCCAGUAGCCGUGGUCGCCGUCGAUGAGGCAGCUGGAGGCGUUGUGAUGCUCAACGAGUUGGACCAGGCAGCGGCCGCUGGUGCCGCCGGCGUAAUAGAAGACAUGUAGAGCAACGGACCGCAUUGAAGGCGUAAACA